AUGCCUGGAAAAGAAGGCAAUAUUAAUGUCAUUGGGGCUACAGCUAGAGAAGUUGCUGCUGCUGCUUUAUAUUCACUGCUCCUGCAAGCGUUUUCAUGGUUCUAUGAAGAGAAUCCUAAAGUACAUCUUGGGCAGCUUGGUGAUGAUCAAAGCUUCCACCCAAAUCUCUUCCUUCAUAAAUAUGCAACUGUGUAG